AUGACAGCGCCGUCCUCGGGACCAGGACCAGGACCAGGCACCGCCUCAUCCUCGGCCAGCUCAACGACAACGUGUACCACCGCCGCGGCAGGAAAAUACGGCCACGUGCCUCCCGGGUCUUGCGGCUCAAACUACGAAUACGACCCGAGCUUUGGCGGGAACAUGGCUUUUGCCGUGCUGUUCGGCCUCUCGACUGCGGUCCACCUGGUCCAGGCGAUUGUCCUUAAAAAGACGUUUGCGUGGGUUCUCUUGAUGGGAGGGGCCUGGGAAACAGCCGCCUUUAGUAUCCGGACCGCAGGCGCGCACGACCUGCAACAAGUGCAGUUUAGGAUUUGGGGCCAGCUGCUUCUUCUCUUGGCGCCGCUGUGGAUCAACGCCUUCGCCUACAUGACGGUUGCGCGGGGGGUAUACUUGGGCUUGCCUGGGAAGAAGAUCUGGGGCAUCGGAGCUACCAGGCUCACAGUGAUAUUCGUAUGGCUGGACGUUGUCUGCUUUAUAGUUCAGGGUGUAGGUGGGAGCGUGCUUUCUGGCGAUUCCGCCGCCGGGGUGAAGAGUAUCGGCAUGAGGGUGUACACGGCGGGCAUUGGACUGCAGCUCGGGUUUGUCGCCGUAUUCACGGGCAUGACGGUGUCCUUUUACUGGGAGAUGCGGCGGGUUACGGGCUGCCGUGUAGGGAGAAUGGGUUGGCUGAUCUGGACAAUGCUUCUCGUGCUGGGUAUGAUUGUGACGCGCAUCGUUUUCCGACUGGUCGAGUUUGGUCCGGGCCUCAAUCACUACGACCCAAUGUUGGGCAAGGAAACAUGGCCCUUCUUGCUGGAUGCGUUCCCGAUGCUGGUUGCACUUGUAGCGCUUAAUGUCAUGCAUCCGGGAUACGUGCUGCGGGGGCCUGAUGGGGAUUUCCCUCGAUUAACGCGGGCGGAGAAGAAGGUGAUUAGGCGGCAGAAGAAGGAAGAGAAGCGACAAAGGAAGGUUGCAAAGAAGGGGCAGUCUGCGGGCAAGUACAUGAAUACUGAGAAUAUCGUACUCGAGGAUACUCGGAGGGCAAACAGCGAGAGCGAAUGGCCGAUACAAGAGCGGCAGCGAGUCGAACUGGUCGAGAGCGCAUAA